AUGCGAUGGUCCGUAUUUCUGCCGUCUCUUGAUCACUAUGUGCCUGCAACGGCCAACUUGCCGGCAACAUAUCGAAAACUUUGCAGCGUCCUUUCCUGGGUAUAUUCUAUUGCCAUCACUGUGUCGGGCGUUUUUAUCACCUGGAACGGAAUCUCUUUGGAGAGAGGCAAUGCAACUUGGACUCUCUGUCUACGCUCGACCAUUUUACUAGUCUCACCUUUCUUCAUGCGGAUGUUUCUACGGCUAGACUUUACCCAGUCAAUCACCUCACUCAUGAGCACUAGUCAAAUUUGCGCAUCCAGGCGCUCUGACAGCCUUGUCAUGCCCAUCCCGAAAUUAACGAGUCUGGCACACCUUUCAUAUCCGUAUGCAAGCUUGCCUGUUGUCGAUGAGGAAACACAUAUCCUGUCUUUUGGAUCCGAAUUCCCUGCCGUUCCUCGCCCUCCAAUGCAUCCUGUUGCUCCGCUGCAUGUUACCGAAUUUCCUGUAAUACUCCACCUCCGCCUCCACUCAAACCCCUUGUUCGUUUGGGGAAUCUUACCAAACUCGUGUUAUCGGGGUAUCCUCGUCGUGUUACUUCGAUCGUCACUAGUGGUUUUCAGCUUCGGAGAGUUGCGUUCAUACCCACGGAUAGGUUUGGCCACCCCAGUUUCGACCCAAUACAUCUCUUCUGAACCCAUGACCUCCUGCGUCAUACAAGAUCUAGAUGUGAGCACUGAAAAGAUGCAAAGGUUAACCAACACCGGUCUCGGUCUCGGUGCCGCCAUCUGUAUUGGCAUUAACAUCUUUUCACGGGAACGAGUACACGACUUGCCCCCAAGCUCUUGGCUCGCUUUGAACGCUCAGAAAUGA